AUGUCUUACUCCUCUAACUACACCGCUCCAGUGACCAAGAAGAGUGGCGAAGUGACCGACAACAGUGGCGAGACAUACUCGAUCGCGACCAACUCGUCCAACUCGUCUCAAAGCAAUCCCACCACUACGACUGGUGGUUCAAACCGACCCGAGAAUCAGGAAGCCUCCAUCCUUGCGGCCUUCUUUGAUCUCUUGAAGAUCAUGAAACCGCCUGCUCUGAAGCCAUCUCCAACAGAGUCUGUCGAAUGGGGUAACCUGGUCAAAGACCUUCAUGAGAUGUACAAGGGUUACCUGACCACUCUGGAGUACAUAGUUGGACACUACAAGUCAAUGACCAAUGACACUCAGUACUUCGGUGGGCCCUUCUCUGCCAGCUUUGGUCGCCCUGACGGUGAAGGUCGAUUUGUGACUCUCACUUUCACCUUGACCACGGAUGGCAGCUAUGCAGGUAGUGAUGGAGUUCGCCAGGCGAUGCACAAAGAAGACGACGAGACUUUCCUGGGUCACAGGAUGAAUGCCACAGGAAGCAACGGAGAUGCACUGGGAAUGUUCAAAAGACCAACGAAAGGCAGCGUGGUUGUCAAAGCAACCCCAGAUGACUGUGCAGCCUGGUGGAGGGCCUGCACGCCGUACGAUGGCUACAACCUUGUUGUGUACUAUGGGGUUAUCGAGCAGGAAAAGAUCCAAAGUCCACUUUAUAACCAUGAGCCAAUUCUACAAAGCCGUAUCCAUUUUCACAAGCAGUGUUCAAACGGAUUUACUGUCACGCUGGUAGCAUUGGCUUUUUUACGGUUCAAUACAUUGCUGCUUAGAGCUAUACUUGGCCCGAAAGUGGGCGCCAUCUUGGGCUUGAGUCUUCCUUUGGGAGGAAUCACGUGAAGUAUCGUCGUAGUCCACGCCUCGAUACCUACGGUGACUGCGAUUCCGCCCUUGCCAGUCGGAGGACCUUGGGGAAGAUUUGAUACACUGUAC